GGCCGAGUCGCAAUCGGAGCCCCGCGCCCACCGCCCGGGCUGGCGACGUGGCUCGGCCUCCCCGGCCUCCCCCCGUAGCCCGGCGGCCAAUGGGCGAGUGAGCCGGGCCGCCCGAAGCUCCCCUGCCCGCGGCCCGGGGCGCGCCCCUUCGCUCUGGCGCGGGGCGGGCCCGUCCCCUCCCCCGCCGCUCCGCCGCCGCGCUGGGAGCCCCGACUCCCCAGUCGCCGUCUCCGCCGCUCGCUCGGUGCCUCCCCGCGGGCCUCUCUCCUGUCCUGACGAUGGCGCGUGGCGGCCGCGACCGCCUCCUGGGGCUCGCCCUGGGGCUGCUGCUGGCGCUGGCGCUGGGGCCCGGGGCGCUGCGGGCCAAGCCCACCGUGCGCAAGGAGCGCGUGGUGCGGCCCGACUCGGAGCUGGGCGAGCGGCCGGCCGAGGACAACCAGAGCUUCCAGUACGACCACGAGGCCUUCCUGGGCAAAGAGGACUCCAAGACCUUCGACCAGCUCACCUCGGAGGAGAGCAAGGAGAGGCUGGGGAAGAUUGUUGAUCGAAUUGACAGUGAUGGGGACGGCUUUGUUACUACUGAGGAACUGAAAACUUGGAUCAAGCGAGUUCAGAGAAGAUACAUCUAUGAUAAUGUCGCUAAAGUCUGGAAGGAUUACGAUCGGGACAAAGAUGACAAAAUUUCCUGGGAAGAAUACAAACAAGCCACCUAUGGUUACUACCUAGGAAACCCUGAAGAGUUUCAAGAUACUUCAGAUCAUUACACCUUUAAAAAGAUGCUGCCACGUGAUGAGAGAAGGUUCAAGGCUGCAGACCUCGAUGGUGAUCAGAUAGCCACUCGGGAGGAGUUCACCGCCUUUUUGCACCCUGAGGAGUUUGAGCAUAUGAAGGAAAUUGUGGUUUUGGAAACUCUGGAGGACAUCGACAAGAAUGGGGAUGGGUUUCUGGAUCAAGACGAGUAUAUUGCGGAUAUGUUUUCCCAUGAGGAGAACGGCCCUGAGCCAGACUGGGUUGUGUCAGAACGGGAGCAGUUUAAUGAGUUCCGGGAUCUGAACAAGGAUGGGAAGUUGGACAAAGAUGAGAUUCGUCACUGGAUCCUGCCUCAAGAUUAUGACCAUGCUCAGGCCGAGGCCAGGCACCUGGUGUAUGAGUCAGACAAAAACAAGGAUGAAAAGCUAACUAAAGAGGAGAUAUUAGAGAACUGGAACAUGUUCGUUGGAAGCCAAGCUACCAAUUACGGGGAAGAUCUCACAAAAAAUCAUGAUGAGCUUUGAUACUUACAGCAGACUGUUAGAGGCUUUCUUUUCAUGUCCUGGAUGGUUGCUACAGUUCUCAUUUACAAAAAAAGCAAAUUUAUAACCCCAGAUUGGGGUUAAAAUUGUUUUUCAUUCAGUAUUUACUGGAAAAUCAUUAUUGCUAUUCUUUCAGUAAGACUUCUCCAAACACAUUAAAACCUGGGUAAAUUGCAAUGCUGUAUGGGGAUACUUGCUAAAACACGAUUUUUCAGCUUUUUCCAUUAAGCGUAGACUAAAGGGGAAGACAGUUUGAAAGAGCCCCUAUAUUCAGAAGUUGGGUGGGUUGGGAGCAAUAUAUGAAGCGACUGCUAUGUAUUUUAACUGCACAUUUCUUGCAUUUGCCACUGUUGAACGGCCAGUGAGAGAAAGUUCUGAUGGAACUACGGUGGUGUCCUCCUGUGUAGGCUUAUUUCACAGCACGUCUAAUAUACCAGAUUCCUUCCUCUCGAUUUUGUACUCUGAGCUGUCACUGUAAAUGGUAUAUAAAACCUCCGUGCAUUUUUCUGCACAGACCUGCUAAUGUGCACAACAGAUCCCUAUCUUUGUGUUUUUUGUUUUUACAUUAAGAAGCAAUCACGAAAGAUAAUGUGAAAAAGAAAGGAAUUUUAGAGGUAGGGAAACAUGAAUGUCAGGCAUUCGAAGAGCUAUAGGAAAAUGAUAAACACUUUAUUAUACUUGAGAACAUUUUCUUGACAUGUAAAUGAGGUAGGUCUGAUCUUUGAAGAAGUGAAUAGAACUACAACCCAUUUCCUCGCUGCUCACCAAUAGGAAGGAGGCAGUGGGAUCCCCAGGAAGUGCGGCUUCUGGAGCUCUGGAGUCUGCGCCGUCUGGUCCAGGUGAAUCCGCGACCCAUGGAUCUGCCCCUGGGACUCUACACCGUGCAAUUAGGACAUGGUGAUGCUCCAAGCCAUUGGCUGAACUUGUAGAAACAACUUUUACUGGUUGAAAUUUCACCUUAUAAGUAGAAAGUGAACAAAAUAAAGGAUCCCGCUGAGGAUUUUCUACUGUG